AUGCCACAUGAAUUACUGCCAUAUUUUUUUCAGAUCAUGUUCGAAACCUUCAACACACCGGCAAUGUACGUAGCCAUCCAAGCUGUGCUGUCCCUGUACGCCAGUGGUCGUACGACCGGAGUUGUGCUGGACAGUGGCGACGGCGUCACUCACACCGUGCCAAUUUACGAAGGUUAUGCUCUGCCACAUGCAAUCUUGCGUCUUGACCUUGCCGGCCGUGAUCUGACUGACUACCUGAUGAAGAUUCUGACAGAAAGAGGAUACUCGUUCACUACCACGGCUGAACGUGAAAUCGUGCGAGACAUCAAGGAGAAGCUGUGCUACGUCGCCCUGGACUUCGAGCAGGAAAUGGCCACUGCAGCAUCCAGCAGUUCCUUGGAGAAAAGCUAUGAACUGCCUGACGGUCAAGUAAUCACCAUCGGCAAUGAGAGGUUCCGAUGCCCGGAAGCGUUGUUCCAACCAUCUUUCUUGGGUAUGGAAUCUUGCGGCGUACAUGAGACGACAUACAACUCGAUCAUGAAGUGCGAUAUCGAUAUCCGUAAGGACCUGUACGCGAACACGGUUCUUUCCGGUGGUUCCACGAUGUACCCUGGUAUCGCCGACCGAAUGCAAAAGGAAAUCACAGCCCUGGCACCGAGCACGAUGAAAAUCAAGAUCAUCGCACCUCCGGAAAGGAAGUACUCGGUCUGGAUUGGAGGCUCCAUUUUGGCGUCGCUGUCCACCUUCCAGCAGAUGUGGAUCAGCAAACAGGAAUACGACGAAAGCGGUCCAUCGAUUGUCCACAGGAAAUGCUUCUAA